UCGGUUCCGGAGAUUGCCGAAGAAUUUAGUUGGACUCGGGCCGUGUUGUGUGUCGGACGCUGUGUGUGUGUUUGCAGCUGUGAGAUUGGGGAUUAUUUUCCCUCCUCUUCCUAUUUUCUUCCAUCUUUCGCAGUGUUUUUGCCCUUUCCUGUUAGCAGUGUGACAGAGCAAGCUCCCAUUCCAUGCACACUCGUCCAGUUGCAGCAGCAGGAGCAGCAUCACAUAUUGCACAAAAGGACAGCUCGCUUUUGCAAUUCCAACCUUAAAUCUCUUGCUUUCUCUUCCCAACAUAUUGCUUCCGUUAUACUGUUCAUUAUUAUUCCGGCUCAAGUGUGCGGCUGAUUGAUUUCGCCUUGGGAGUUUUAACAUAAUCACUAUUUUCACUUUUGCAUUGACAGUAGCACCUUCUAUAUUUUUCUCAUUUUGGCAUUUAGUCCAGGUCAAUCUGCAUCUUUUUUUCAUCAUGAAGUAACUUGUUAGAGUAAGUUGUUUUUCAACUUAAUUUUAACCAUCAGCAGCAACUGAAGCUGUUACAUCAAUUUUUAAUAGAAAUUCUUUGUGCACCUUAAUUGUUUGAGCUGGCAGUGCCUAUUGAAGCCUAGAUUUCUAAAGUUUCAAGGACUAGCUUGCUAUGGCAGAUGCUGUAAUGUCUGAUGCGCAUCUUCUGGGCUUUAAUACCCGUGGUACCAAGAGAGAAUCGGAUCAGCAGUUGCAUCUGGGAAGCAGUGGUGCAUCUGGCGCUGGAGUCAAAAGGCAACGUGUGGAGCCAGAGCAACAGGAGCCUGGAAACCCCAUGAGUAUGCCAGUGUCCCAAGCAUAUCAGGGAUUUGCACCACUAAACAGCCAGGGUAACCAGGAGCCGACAGCUACUCCUGACACUAUGGUUCAGCCGUUUGCAGCCAUCCCUUUUCCUCCACCACCACAGAAUGGACUAUCCACAGACUAUGGAACCCAGCACACACAGGACUACGCUACUCAAUCCACUGAGCAUGGGAUUCCCUUGUACGGAGGAGGGCAGAGCCUUGCAGAGCACAGCGCCCCAGCUACCAGCACUGCCAAUGCAUCCAGCACGCAGACAGAUGGCUCACAGACAGAGGGACAGCAAUCACAGACACAAAACAAUGAAAAUAGUGAAACCAAAGCCUCCCCGAAAAGGCUUCACGUUUCCAAUAUCCCUUUCCGAUUCCGGGACCCAGACCUGCGCCAAAUGUUUGGACAAUUUGGCAAAAUUCUUGAUGUGGAAAUCAUAUUUAACGAGCGAGGCUCCAAGGGUUUUGGUUUUGUAACUUUUGAAACUAGCGCGGAUGCUGACCGGGCCCGGGAGAAAUUGCACAGCACGGUGGUUGAGGGGCGAAAAAUCGAGGUGAACAAUGCCACAGCUCGUGUGAUGACCAAUAAGAAAAGUGUGACCCCUUAUGGCAACGGCUGGAAACUCAGUCCGGUUGUAGGAGCUGUUUAUGGACCGGAACUUUAUGCAGCUGCACCCGGGCUCCAAGCUGACGUCUCUCUGGCCACUGAGGCUGGUGUGCCCCUGCCCGGACCACGGGGGGUUAACACGUACAUUCCGUUGAUCAUUCCUGGAUUUCCUUACCCAACAGCAGCAGCUGCAGCAACCACAGCAGCUGCUUUUAGGGGCGCACACUUGAGGGGCCGUGGGAGGACGGUGUAUGGUGCUGUGCGGGCAGUACCUCCUACUGCUAUCCCUACAUAUCCUGGACUAGUCUUACAGGAACCAUUCUUAAACCCUAAACUACCUCAGGGUGGAUACGCAGCAUACAGAUAUGCUCAGCCGGCCACAGCCGCCACAGCUGCCACUGCCGCUGCAGCUGCCGCAGCAGCCUACAGCGAUGGGUAUGGCCGAGUAUACACAGCUGACCCAUAUCACACCCUGGCCCCUGCUACCAGUUACGGAGUGGGAGCUGUGGCGAGUUUAUACAGAGGCGGUUACAGCCGAUUUGCUCCGUACUGAAGUGACGUAAGCCUAUUGUCCCCUAUUAAACCUGGACAAAACUGCCCUUUCUCUCUCCUUCUGACCCCUUUCCCCUUCCUCCACUAUCAACGUUCGCGAGGCCCGGCUUUUGCAAUACUUCAAAUGAGAAACUCCUCCAGGAAUUUUCUAGCAGCGCCACAUGGAAGGACACAGCUGAAAAACAUUCAAAACACAAAAAAGGACAUUUUUUUAUACCUCAGCCUACUCUUCAGACCUGCAUUUUUGUUUCUGCUUUUUGUUUUUUAGGGGGUGUGUUCAUUUUGUUCCAAAGAUUGUGUUUAUUUUUUAAUUUUAAACUGUGGUAAAAGUGCGUGUAUAUAUAUUAUUUACCUACGUAUGUGCUGUGAGCUUUUUUUUAAAAUAUUAUUUCUACACUUGGAGGGGAAGUUUGCAGAAAUCAGGAGGACAGAAGAUGCCGAUAGGACGGGGAGGAAAAGAGAGAUUAGAAUAAAAGAAUUGUUAUUAUUGGCUCCUGGGGAACCAAUCCUCUGGCAGCAAGAGUGUUUUAGACAGAUUGCAUAUUGUUUUCUGAGAGUUUCAUACAAAUAGAAUGGAAAUGAAGGGAACGAAAACUCAAUCAAAAAGAAUAGUGAGUUGGCAGAGGUCUACAUGUGACCAGCUUGAACUGGCAUUAUUUUGUACACCAUGAAGUUGCACUGUCAUUUGAACACUUUGUGACUGUCUGACUUGGAUACAAAGUACUAACCUUCUCUUCAGCUGCUCUAUGGGGAUAACUGAAGUGGGGGAUAAGCAGAAGAAUCUGGAAAAUGGAAAACCAAGAUAGCUGCCCAGUUUGGAUUAUGAAACAGCACUGCUGUGGGCCUAGAGAGUUAUUGGCAGUUAUACGUGUGAUGGGGCAAUCACAGUGAUUGGUGCAGUAUAAAUACAGUAUGUUUGUAUAUAUGUGUAUCUGUGUAUUUGUAUGUGUGUCUUGUGUGUGUUUGUGUAUAUAUAUAUAAAUACACACACAUACACACACAUACAGAAACACCAAUAGAAAACCAGAAUAGUUUUAUCUUGAUAUUUCUGCAGCACACUAGUGUCAUUACAAAAUCUAGCAGAAAUGUGAACUAAGGAUCGAUGAUAGCCUGCCAAAAUCCAGCGGUUAAAUAUGUCAGCCACUAGCGUUGAGGGACCCAAGGAAAAGGUGCAUCUUGGGAAUGUUCUGAUUUUGUGGCAUUAACUUGCAGGCCUUGUGUUGUAAUCCUCCUGGACAGGGGCUUUCCAAUGUCCCAGUGAGAAUUCCUUAACAUUGAUCUUUAUUAUGUUCUCCCUUUGUGCUGGUCACAAUAUCCGUCCUGUUUUGGAGAUUUCUCUCCAGAGGUGCAGCUCACUUAUGCAGGAGACAGAAAAUUUACUCAAACUACUCCUUUUAGCUACAUUUGUUAUUGGGUUUGACUUGUUAAGUUCCGCUUAUGGUUUCAUGAUGGGUUUAUUUUCCCACCACCGCACAAGGGUUUUCUGGAGACUGGGUCUCCUCCAUUGAUUUCUGUAGUGAUGGGUGGGCAAGAGCAAAGAAAAUAACAUAGAAAGGCUUCAAGGAGUAAGCUGCUGUCACUCAGGAAAAUGCUGCAGCUUCCAUACAAUCAGUUAGUACGAUCUUCUAAGCCUGCACAGAUGCUGUGGAUUUUCUUAGUCUUCCUUUCCUAUAAUACACAAGUGUCUGUGCACAAGCUUUGUAUCUACACAUAAAUGUGUGUGUAAAUCUGUAUAGGAGAAAUCUAUGUAUAACUGCAGAUACACAUGGUGAGAUAUAGUAACUACUCAGCUUGCAUAGGGGGACUUGGAUGCUGCCUGUUUAUAUUCAGUAGUAAAGGCUAGUGGCACUUCUUUGUGUGUGGGAACAGAGCUUAAGUGGUUUGCUGACAAUUUUAUAAACUUAGUUACCUCUUAUAGCAACCCCCCCACAAGUCCGAUAAUGAAAUGGGACAAUCUAUAGACCCGUAUUCAAAAAAAACAUGAAUGCUAUGUGUCAUUCUGUUGGGUUUAUCAUGAAAAGCCCAUUUUAAUUCAUUGUUGGGGGACUAAUCCGUUUCAACAAUCAGAGGCCUGUGUGCCGCACACAUCAUAAGGAAAUAUUUCUAAUAUGCUUUUUUACUUUAUUGAUAGCAUAUUUAAACCUGAUUUUCAUGCUAGUUACCAUUGAGUAUUUUUAUUUAUGCGGUUCUUUUUUUCAAAUUUGCGCCGCUAACAUAAAUCAUCAUCAUAAGGACUGGUGCCACGUCCCAUUAACAGACUAGACUCCUAUUUAAUCCAGAGCUGAAUGAAUUAAAAAACAUGAGCAGAGCAUGUUUCUUUAAGAGAGCUGAGUGAACCUGGAGCUUGGGACUGCUCGCUGGAGGCUCCAGAACCCAAUGGUCACUUCCUUGUGUUCCACUCUAUGGUUCCAGGUAGCGAAGCAGCGUUCCCAGCCAAGGCCUAGGCUCCAGUGUCACUACAUUUAGAUUACUGCGCAUUAAAAGAGGGUUGUUCAAUGUAUUUCAUUAUGAUGCAGACAUAACUAUUCUAAGACAAUCUGCAAUAGACUUUUUAUUUUUUUUAUCGAUUUUCCUUUUUUUUGUUUUCUUCUUGUUCUGCAGAAUUUAGAGUGGUUUAAUAACCCUGGCAACCAGGGAGAAUGUACAAUGAAUCAGUCAGGGCCUAAAUAAAAAGAUAAACACUAAAAACAAAAACAAUAAAAUGGAAGCCUGGCAGUAAAUCAGUUUCUGGUUGCCAGGGUCAACAACCCCAACAACCAGAUAGGAGUUUUAGUUGCAGGCUGAAAAGAUGCAGAAUAGGAAGGUGAACAAUAACACAGACAAAUGAAAUUAGAGCUUUGCUAAGAGAAUUCCGUCCCAUAGCAUGUACAGUUUAGAAGUCCCGUCAGAUCAGAUUGAUAAGCACCCAAAGAUCUAUCUCAUUCUCCAAAAUGGCAUAAUAAACAGAUUCAUCAGAUAAUUAUGAAUAAACAGAUUGGUCAGAUUGAUAAGCAUCCUAAGAUCUAUCUCGUGCCCCAAAAUGAAGUAUGUUUUGUGUACCAUUAGAAAAUUGUUUAUGAAAAGCAAAAAGGUCUGAGGUGGAUACAGCUACAGCUUCUUGUUGCUUUGUUCUGUUUUAUUGUGAUCAGUUGGUUGUACUAUAUGUCUAGAGAGAAGAUGCUGGGAGUUGCAAUUCGGCAGCUGGAGGACUGCAAUUCAGACAUACCUGUGGCAGACCUACUAGCACUUGUCAUUUCCACAGCUUAUGCUUAUACAUUGUAUAUAACAUGAAACCAGCCAUAUAUUUGUGGAAUUCCAUUAGCAUUGGUCAUUGUCCUCUAGGAUUUAGCGACUGUUUGGUUUGCAUGUUGUGUAUAGUGUUUCCAGGGAAUCCAUUUGCUCUAAACCUGCAUCCUCGCCAGUUAUUUUUACCGGAUUUGGUUUCCGUUGUCGCACGUUUGUACGAGCCAAAUCUUAAGCAUUGACUGUUUCUACCCGACUGUUGCCUUGCGCUUCUUUCUGUCCAAAAUAUUGGCAGUGGUAAAGAGUGAACGGUGAAACGGCGACUGUCAGCUGUUGUAUGGAUUCAAUAGGGGCUCAUAUGAAAAGCUUUAAGAUGUCAUGUAUAUAGUGGGACGUUUUGCUUGACUGCUGUUCUCUGAGGAACCAUCCUUAGAAUUGUCUGCUGUCUGUACUACAGAGGACAUGGUAAAAAAAAACAUGAACUAAUCUCCAGAGACAUGUUGCAGUGCAGUGUGUCAUUGGCUGUCUCUCAGUAACUUUCACAUUUAUUCUUUAUAUCAUAUAAAUAUAUAUGUGUGUGUGUGUGUUGAUCACAAGCCCCCAGGGAAGCCUGGACCACUUACAUUUUGUUCAUCUAUUUCUUUAGUUUUGUGCUGCCUUUCUUCCCUCAGGCCCCUUUGCCAUUUCAUGCCAUGUGAGGGAUUCAAUGCAAACACUACAAAGGCCUAUAUAUUUCUCAUUAUAAAAGUGUAGCUCUGUGUUUUGCUCCUAUCUACUAUUUGCUAUGGCUGCCUGUGUUCUCUCAAACCUUCACCAUUUAGCAUCUAAACCUGUAGCCAUUCAGUUUCCGUGGAUUUGUUUGUGUUUAUAUCGGGUAUCCCCAGUGCACUCCGUCAUAGAGAAGAUUGAUCAGCUGGUAAGGCAAAAUGACUUUGUUACAUAACUACUCCAUCAUAGACUUUAUUUCUCCCGGAUAUUCCCUAAAGAAGUAGUAACUGCCCUUGGGAUCACCCCCCAAAACAAUUGUACUCUAUAUGUAUGUAUUUAAACUGAAGUAUAGUUCAAUGAUCCGGGACACUUACUGUGAAUGAAAUCGCAUGCCUUGGUUAUGUUAUGCUACGUAAUUGGGUGUAGAUACAUGUUUAAUAAAAGGAAGCUCCUUUAUAUGAAAUGUUUGUGGCCAACAAAGCUGGCAGUCUUGUUCAGUUGAUAUUCCCACUAUAUAUUAGAUUUCAUAACAUCCGUUCUAUCCACAAUCACGUUGUUUGCCACAAACUCCAGCUCCACGGCUACAAAGAUUGUGGGGUGCAGUGUAGAGAAUGUGUUUAUAUCCAGUCCAAGCUUGAGCUCAUAUUCGAGCAGGGGCUAUUAAUUCAUUUAUUGGGGGAGAUUGAGACCCAGUUUCAUCCUCUCAUCUGUACUAAAGAACUAGCAGCACUUGACUGGACAGGAGACUUGAACAGGAACUGACUUAUACUGUUUAUUGUAGGGUGUCUGGUCUCUGUUUCCUACUAGUGAUAUAUGGUGUCUGUUCCCUGUAAUGUGAAUAGGCUGCCUCGCAUGUAUUCUCAAUCAGCCCUUUACUUUCCAGGGAAAAAUUAAACAAUGUCUUAACUCAUUAGAGUAGUUGCUGUGCAGAUUCUUCCCAGUUGCCUCUGUUUAGGGAGACAUUGUAACACUACAAAAAUGCAUAAUACACUACUUUUCUUUUCCUCACUGACUCUGUACUUCACUUUGAAUAGAAAUCUCAGGCACUUGGACACUAUCUGGCCUAUACCAGCAUCAUUCAUAUACCUUUCCUUCUGCUUGAACCCCUUUACAAGUUGUGGAAUCCUGACGUUUUUCUCUUUUUGGCUGGAGUUGACAUUGAAAAGAAGCCCUGCGUUUUCUGGUUUACAUCACUAACACCGUUAAUGGCGGCUGGAGACUUACGCUCCAAUGAGAACUUUUGUUAGGGAAACUUUUUGAUGUUGAAAUAUGCUUUUUGAUGAAGGACAUUCAUUUAUAGCAACUUUGCAACAGGAACAAUCGUACCAUAUUUUAAGGGGUAUGUGACUUUAAAACGAUGGAGGGGGGGGAAUAUGGCCUUUUUCUUUUAACCGUUAUGCAAUCAAACUUUCGAUUGGUUAAAGGGCAUGAGGAGAUGCACAGUGUAGGCCAUCCUUAAGCACCUUGCAUGCGAAACACAGGACGCUAAUGUAAAGGACACAAUAGGAAACCAGACGAUAACUAUAUAUAGAAUUACCUGCUAUACAUGUAUAUAUUUUAUUGCCUUCACAAUGCGCUUCAGUUAUCAUUUCAAUUGUACUUGUGUCUUAUAAGAACUGACUGUUUUGAUGGUCAUUUUGCUGCCUACUCGUUGGGGAAAUAUAUAGCGUUUUUUUGGCAUGUCUGUGUAACGUUUGUGUUUGUGUCGUACCUUUUUGCUACAAAGGUCAUUCUGGGUACUCUUAAAUAUUUUGGAAAUGUCCAAUCAUUUUGGUUUUGUGUCCAGUAAGAGCCAAGAAUGACCAACAAGAUCAUGCAGAUAAAUGACCAGGUAUUUGUGCUACAUCCACACUACACAGACACAGGCCACCGUAGAGACAUGUAAUGUGCUGCUUUUAAGUAGAAAUGUGUUUUAUACAUUUAUGGGGGAAUUUGCAAACCCUGAGCAGUUGCUGGCUAUAGUAGGGACUUUCUAUUGGCACCAUUUGGCCAUGAUGUGGCUAUAGAACAAACCUUACACUAGUCAUCUGGUGCAAUCACUUCCUGUUUACAGAUAUAACCUCGGGGUAGGAUAUGUUUGCUUCGGCCUAAAUUCAAGUUAUUGGCUACUGUUAAACAAAUGCAGCUGAAUUACCAGGUAACGGUAUUUCAGUCUGUAAUAAAAAAUAGUUCUAGUUAAAAACAAUGUAUUGCAGCUCUUGUCCCGAUAUUUUAUGCCUUGUCUUGUGUAGAUAUAGCUGUUACUGACUGGUUUCUGAACAAUUAAGUUGCCCUUUAGUCUGGUAUGUGUAUAUAUACGUUUGUGAAACUCAAAGAGCAAAUCAAAGAGCUUUAAGGAGUACAAACAUGGAAGUGUCUGCAUGUUAUUACUGUACAGCAAAUGGCCUGCGGGUUUUAUGUGUGUGAGGGAAAAGAUCAUGGAAUCGGCAGUAACAUAAAUACAAGAAUAUCAAGCACCACUGCUGCAGCUUCACUUGAGUGAUUUAGACUGGGAGCUGAAUGGUGGCGCUUGAUCAAACCCCGUUCCAUUAUCAUUUUCUGUUACACAACGUGUGUCUAGAUGUCUGUCCGUACAGAAACACGAGCAUUUCACAGAAGACACUACUUUGUGGCCAUUUCAGCACUGUAAAUGCCAAACCAGUGUCAUUGCAGAGCAAUGGGCUGAAAGCGAACAGCGGUUGUUGUGUCCUGGAUAUUGGGCCUUAAGAUGAGAAACCUUAUUAAAUCCCCUCCCCUAUGAAGGGCAGUGUAUAUGACACCCUUCUUGUAAGUAUCAUAUUGUAUAGGUAACCUAUAGGCCACUCAGUAUUCACCUGUUAUUAUUUACUGCUUAGCUGAGUUGGGGAAACUCUGAAAAUGUAAUAAGUUCAUUGUUUUGUUUUUUGGGGUUUUUUUGGGGCAAGGUGGGAGGGAAUGGGAAGUAAUUUUUGUAUUACUAUCCAUUAUGUAUAAAUUAUUGAUCAUGUUUGCUGGCUUUUAUAAACUCUAAGCAAGGGGAGAGAGUCUGGAAUGGCGUGGGCAGCCUCUCCUCCCUCCCUCGCCAAUGGUAAUAAAGCACUGUUUUUAAAUAAAA